GUGGCUGUGUGCUGGGACUGGGAGUGGGACCCAUGGAUAUGCCCUAGCGUCCACCCCCUGCUCAUCCCGUUUCUACCACCUGCCGCCCCCGCCCCCAAAUUGCUCCAAGCGCCGCCGGUAGACGGAAAGACGGGAUGGUUCGCUUUGGAUCGGAGGAUCGUGCAAUGGGAGCGAUCGAUCGUCACGGAAUACAUGAGGUUGGCGGGCCUCUUCUUGUUGGGGGGGUUAAUUUGCUCAACACGCGGACUGGCCUCUUCUAUGAUCAAGAGCUUCGCCACGUCCUCACCGAUGAGCAUCGGUUUCGAGCUUAUCUGGAGUUUCGCGAGCAGGCCUUCAAAAUCGCCGUGACUGAACUGAUGUCUGGUGCCAAAUCACCUGCUGAUUUGUUUCUCUCGAUUGCCGAUGAUAGUGAUACCUUCAAUAGCGAGCUUGUCGAGUACAUCUUGAUGCGCUACACGAGGCAUGAUGGAACCUCCUCCAUCUUGCAGCCAUCUGUCACUGGGGAUGAUGGACAUAAUGGAACUGAGGUUGACAACACCUCGAUAAGGCAUUACUUGCCUAAUGAUAUAAUCAGACAAAUCGAGAAUAACCAAAAGUUGCUUUGUCAACAAUUGUCGUCUAUUCAGAGAUACUUUGCAUACCGGAAAUUUCUUCUGAAGCUUGACUUUAUUCAGUCGAAUAGUGAUCCUGAAACUGUUCUAAAAAGGCUUAAAUCUUCAACUAUAUGCCCGGGGCUUCCAGAUCAUGAGCUAAGGCGUUGCUUAGAGGGCCAUAUUAAUUUUUUGAAAGAAUACGAGGAUAAGAAAUUGGACCCUGCGGCCAGCAUAUCUGAGUAUGAAAACAUAGCUUUGAAGAAGAUCCAUUCAGAGUUGAGUUCAGAAUUACAGGAGCAUCUGGAUCGCUAUGAUUGGAUGCUUAUGGAGCAGUACUAUGACCGUAUGAAAUUAAGGAGUCUUGCAAGAGAAUGUGCUACUCAAGCGCAAAUGACUGGACAUGUUCUUGUCGCAGAGGGUCUACCAAUAAAAGCACAUCUCAAGAAAUAUAUGCUUUCCGCAAAUCCAGAAGUUAAGAAGCUGCCUUCAUUUAAACAAGCAGCGAAGCGGUCAUUUGACAGCUACAUGGGUCGAAUAAAAGAGAAGUUCAGAAGCAGGGCUCCUCUUGGCAGGCCUAUCGAUGACGGCAACAAUGAAGAACGGAAGUAUGACCCCCAGUGUGGCAUGACGAAAGACGAGUUCGAAUGGCGAUGUGCUCAGGUUGACAGGGUAAGCCAGCGUAUGCCCCAGGCGUUUGAGAAGUUGGAUUUCCAGUUGCAGGUUAUGCGUCGUCACUUCCUGGAUGAUCCUGAUGCCCUAAACACUUGGGAUGAGUAUGAAAACGAUGUCCGUUAUGCAUAUAGGCAUAACCUCUUGCAGACCCUGUCGUCACCAUUGUCAAUCCCGAACUCUGAUUUGUACGAGCAGCUAAUGAAGAGAAAGGCGCAGUCCAAGACCUUUGUCGGCAAGAUAUCUGGAGGAUUAGACAAGUUCAAAGAGGCAGCAACAAGGAACAAGAGGUUGGUUGGGGCUGGGGUAAUAUUUGCCGGUGCUGCUGCUGUAUUUGCUCUUGGACUUGCUGUUGGACACGCUACACUACGUGAAGUCAAACAGCAGACAAAUGAAGCCUAGCUAGCAACAGUUGGAUCAUGGACUUGCUAUCUACAAAGCAAAACUGUUCCUAUUCAAUAUUAUGUUGGAACAGUUCCUAUUCAAUAUUAUGUUGGAACAGUUCCUAUUCAAUAUUAUGUUGGAACAUUUCGUAGUUAAUACCUGGGUGUGUAAGAUGCUUCUAAUAUAUAAAGCUCCGUAUUAAACUUGGCAUCUCCCUUAUAGAGAGGUUGAAAGGCCACUAUCUUUUGAAGGAUUGACCUUGGAGAGAGAGCUCGUACGUGAAUACAACACGUGUCUCUGUAUCUAUUAUACCUGACUCGGAAA